AGGACCUGGAGAGGUGGUACGCGUCGGGGGCACGCCGCCGCCUGCUGUGGCGGAGCUGCAAGAUCGCGCGGUGCGCGCUGCACCUGGACGGCCGCCUGCCCGACGCGCGGCUGGUGCAGCUCGUGCUGCACCAGGUCUUCGAGAGGCGCGUGGCGCCGCACCUGCGGGCCCCGAGGCUGGACAAGGGCGAGAUGGCCGUUGUCGAGCGGUUCGUCGCUGGGCUGCCAGACAAGUGGCUCGAGGCCGGCCUCCCGCCCGCGCUCCAGCCGCUGCGGGACGCCCUGGGGCCGCGCGCGCCCGCCGGGCCCGAGGCCGCGGAGACCGCCAAGGCAGCCGCCCGGGUGCUGAUCCGCCUGGGCAGCGGCGACGAGGCGCAGGCUCUCAUGAAUCAGUUGUGAGGACUUGCCUCAGCGGGGCUGGACAGCCUUGGGCCCCCGAUGCGAAGUCGCAUGCACGCCACAGGCAUGGAGGGAUAAGGCUGCUGGUGGAGGAAGCAGCCCGCUUGGGUGUGCGCAGCGGCCGGGCGGGGCGCAGCUCCAGGCCUUGCGCGCGGUCCAAGGCGCUGGGCCGUGGCGGGGCUCGGGGAUCGGUGCGGCCAAAAGGUGCGGCGUGCGGCC